AUGGAACUGUCAACGGCUGUUGAACUACCUUCGCCCCCGCGAAUGGGCGUCUCAACUCCGAAGCCUUUAAAGAAGCAAUCUCCUAAAGCGCGUCCCAAGCAACACGGCACGAAAGCAGCGAAGACUCAUCCUAGCUAUUCUCAAAUGGUUAAAGAGGCCAUCACUGCUUUGAAAGAUCGAAAAGGGUCAAGUCGUGUCGCAAUCCUGAAAUACAUCUCAGGUCGUUAUCAAUUGGGUAACAACGGUAAACGUGUACAUUCUCAACUUCGACUGGCAAUCAAAAGGGGUAUUGCAUCGGGAAAGUUUACGCUUGCAAAAGGUGCUGGUGUGAAUGGUUCUUUUAGACUUGGUGCCAAAGGUGGAAGUAAGACGAAGGAGAAAUCACGUAAGCAGAAAAAAACAUUAAGAAAAGAGAAGAAAGCCAAGGUCGGAUCUGCUUCUCCAAAGAAGCCACAAAUGAAGAAGGCCAGAACCACAACCAAUUCGCCGAAGCAGAAACUGAAAGCAAAAAAGCCGAGGCCGAAGCGGCAUAGUUCUAUUACCAGACCGGUUACAUUGAGUGAAUUAUGGCACGAUUCAUUGCUACGACGCUUUAUUCGCCGAGCUCAAUUAGAUGUGUUAGCAAUAUGCGCACUCGAGUUUUAUGAUACAAUAGCAGAUGUACGAAUGUUGUAA